GCGUCUGCGCUGUCUUCCGGCUCCCGAGUCCGCCGGUACGGAGGGGGAAGCGCACCUGGGGCUGCGCGGGGCGCGACCACGGGGGCAACUGGACCCGAGGAGGCGGCAGGUGAGGGGCUUCGGAGCUUGCCAAGCGCUCCGGAGUCCACGCAGGACUGGGCGCCGCGGCCGGGCGGGUCGCGGGCCUGGGAAGAACACGAACGUCUCGCUUCAUCGUCGGUGUGCGGCUUUCCCGGCUCUGGACUACACUUCCCAUCGUCCCCCGCGGCGCGCGCCCUCCUUGCGCCCCCUGUCGGCGUCAGGGCUCAUAGCCCGGGUCCAUGGACCCCUUAGCUCUGCCAUCUCAGGACUCUGCCCUUCCCCAAGAGAGAAACCAGGAGGAGGACCCAUCAACCCAUGAAAUUUUGACAGUCAUGUCCCUUGGUUCAGACUUGUUCAGGGAUGUGGCCGUAGUCUUCUCCCAAGAAGAAUGGGAACAGCUGGCGCCUGCUCAGAGGGAUUUGUACAGAGAUGUGAUGUUGGAGAUCUAUAGCAACCUGGUCUCACUGGGUUUUGCCAUUUCCAAACCUGAUGUGAUCUCCUUCCUGGAACAAGGCAGAGAGCCCUGGAUGGUGGAGAAAGUAGCGACAGGAGGCCAGUGCCCAGUACUGGAGUCCAGGUAUGAUACUAAGGUAUUAUCUCCAAAGCAGCACAGUUAUGAAGUACAAUCACCCCGGUGGCAGAUAAUGGAAAGCCUUACAAGUUAUGGUUUUGAGUGCUCAAGUUUCCAAGAUGAUUGGGAAUGCAGAAGUCAGUUUGACAGGCAAGAGGGAAAUCCAGAUGGACAUUUGAGUCAAAUGAUAAUCGAUAAUGAAGAAAUGUCCACUUUUGACCAGCAAGCAUCUCUUACUUUUUAUCAGAAAAUUCAUAUUGGAGAAAAACCCUAUGGAUAUAAUGAAUGUAGAAAAGACUUCUGGCAAGAGGACUUCCUUAUUAAUCAUCAAGGGAUUCAUACUAAUGAGAAACCCUACAAAUGUAAGGAAUGUGGGAAGGCCUUUAAAUAUGGCUCACGACUAAUUCAACACGAGAAUAUUCAUUCUGGCAAGAAACCGUAUGAAUGUAAGGAAUGUGGAAAGGCCUUCAAUUCUGGUUCAAAUUUCAUACAACAUCAGCGAGUUCAUACUGGUGAGAAACCUUAUGAAUGUAAGGAUUGUGCAAAGGCCUUUAGUCGAAGCUCACAGUUGAUUGAACAUCAACGAAUUCAUACUGGUGAGAAACCCUAUCAGUGUAAGGAAUGUGGCAAGGCCUUCAAUCGGAUCUCACAUCUUAAAGUACAUUAUAGAAUUCAUACUGGUGAAAAACCCUAUGCAUGCAAGGAAUGUGGGAAGACCUUUAGUCAUCGUUCUCAGUUGAUUCAACAUCACACUAUUCACACUGGCAAGAAACUCUAUGAAUGUAAAGAAUGUGGGAAGGCCUUUAAUCAAGGCUCAACUCUUAUUCGACAUCAGAGAAUUCAUACUGGUGAAAAACCCUAUGAAUGUAAGGCAUGUGGGAAGGCCUUUAGGGUGAACUCACAACUUAAGCAACAUCAGAGAAUUCACACAGGAGAGAAACCCUACCAAUGUAAGGUAUGUGGUAGGGCUUUCAAACGGGUCUCACAUCUUACUGUACAUUAUAGAAUUCAUACGGGUGAGAAACCAUAUGAAUGUAAGGAAUGUGGGAAAGCCUUCAGCCAUUGCUCACAACUGAUUCAACAUCAGGUAAUUCAUACUGAGGAAAAGCCCUAUGAAUAUAAGGAAUGUGGGAGGACUUUAAAUCAUGACUCAACUACCGUUCAACAUCAGAGAAUGCAUAAUAGAGAAACACAGGUGAAUUUAAUAAAUGUAGAAAAACCUUCCAUCAGCACUUAUCCCUUAUUAAUCAUCAGAGAAUUUAUGUUAGCAAGCAACCAUAUGAAUGGAAAUAAUGGGAAGAGUCCAUUAAAGCUGCAGAUGUCACAUACUAAUUUUCAGCCCGCUUUGCAGCUCAAGAUGGCCCAGAUGUUCCAGUGUAUGGCCAAUUGGGUAUCCCAAUGGGAGAAAAUGGAAAAAUUUAUAAACAAAGAUCCUGAGAACCCCAGUUUCCAAGAUGACUGGGAAUGUGAAGGCACAUUUGAAACAUAUCACAGAAAUGAGGAAGGAAGUUCCAGUCAAGUCAUAAUCACUCAUGAAGAAAUACCUGCUUUGAGACAGCAAACAUCCCAUAACCUGCUUCAUAACGUUCCACCUGGAAGUAGACCCUAUGUGUGUAAUGAAUGUAGAAAAGGUUUUUGGCAGAAGAAAUGUCUUCUUAGUCAUCAGAAAAUUCAUACUGGUGAGAAAUCUUAUCAAUGUCAGCAAUGUGGGAAGGCUUUCCAUCGCCGUUCCUAUCUUCCUCAACAUCAGAGAACUCAUAGUGGGGAAAGACCCUAUGAAUGUACAGAAUGUGGAAAGGCCUUUGGUUCUGUUUCACUCUUUACCAGACAUCAGAGAAUUCAUACUGGUGAGAAACCCCAUGAAUGUAAGGAUUGUGGAAAAACCUUUGUUCGGCUCUCACAACUUAACGUGCAUCACAGAACUCAUACUGGUGAAAAACCCUAUCAAUGUACUGAAUGUGGAAAAGCUUUCAGUUACUUAUCACUGAUUAUUAAACAUCAGAGAAUUCAUACUGGAGAAAAGCCCUAUGUCUGUAAGGAAUGUGGAAAGGCCUUUAGAGGUAUCACACAACUUAAUGAACAUCAAAGAAUCCAUACUGGUGAGAAGCCAUAUAAAUGUAAUGAAUGUGGAAAGGCCUUUGGCCACCGUUCAUAUCUUCCUCAACAUCAGAGGAUCCAUACUGGUAAGAAACCUUACAAAUGUAAGGUUUGUGGGAAAGCCUUUAGGCAGGGCUCACAGCUUAACCACCACCAAAGAAUUCAUACUGGUGAGAAACCCUAUAAAUGUAAUGAAUGUGGGAAGGACUUUAGGCAGGGCUCACAGCUUAAACAACACCAGAUAAUUCACACCGGUGAGAAGCCUUAUGAAUGCAAGGAAUGUGGGAAAGCCUUUAGUCAGUGCUCACAACUUACUCGACAUAAGAAAAUUCAUUCUAAUGUAUGUAAGAAAUGUGGGAAGGCCUUCGGCGACGUAAAAAACAAGCAGCGGUGUAGAAAAUACAGAAAAACCUCCCGCACCGUGACGCACCUCAUCGUCUGUCAGAAAAUCCUUAGGGAAGAGAAACGCUGCCGGCGCCACGAGCGUGGGAAAUCCUUCCGCCGAUGCUCGACGGGCGUCCAGCAUCCGAGGAUCCACACGGGAGAGGGACCCUAUCAGUGCGGCGAGUGCAGCAAAACCUUCCACCAGAGGGCCCACCUCACCCAGCACCAGCGCUUCCACACGGGCGAGAAGCCCUACGCCUGCGGACAGGGCAGACGGGCCUUCAGCCAGAUGACCCACCUGUCUCAGCAUCAGAGCACCCACGCCAGAGGCGGCGAGUGCGGGAAGGCCUUCAGGCGCCCCUUGGCCCUGGUUGACCAGCAGAGAAUCCACAGCGGGGAAAAGCCCUACGAGUGGAAGGCCUGCGGCAGAGCCUUCACCCCGAGCGCCCAGCUCAUCAGGCACCGGAAGAGUCACUUCGGAGAAAAGCCCUACGGAUGCAGCAAGUGUACGAAAUCCUUCGUCCGUCCGUCUUCCCUGAUGGAGCAUCAGAGAAUUCACACCGGAGAAAAGCCCUAUCCGUGUGAGGACUGUGCAAGGGCCUUUACCUGGAGGUCCCCUUCCGUCCUUCACAGGAGCAGUCACAUGGGAGAGACACCCUACGAAUGUCACGUGUGUGGGAAGACCUUCUGUAGCCACUCUUCACUGGUUGAGCACGACAGGACUCACAGUGGAGUGAAUCCUUCUGGACGCCACACGUGUGGGAAGGCCUUUAACACCUCUGGACGCCACACGUGUGGGAAGGCCUUUAACACCUCCUCGACUCUUCAGCAUAAGAGAAUUCAUACCGGGGAAAAGCCCUUUGGUUGCCACGACUGUGGGACGUCCUUCAGCUGCACAUCACACCUUACUCGACAUCAGCGAAUUCCUACGGGAGAACAUUGACAAAAGCCAACGGGACUUGAAAAUGUUACUAUUCCAGUUAUUUAAGCAUCAUUCCAGGUCUUGGGAACAAGCAGCCUCAAUUGACUCUGACUCUCUAAAGCAGUUUAUUCUCAAGGUCUCAAGAGCUCAUUGAAAAAUAGAUAACCCACAAGGACCUACUGUAUAGCACCAGGAACUG